GGAAGUUGCUACAAAAAGUUUCUGCACCCAUUUGUGAUUUUAAAUGAGCUCUUUAGUUCUGAGGAUGUCAAGAUUGAAUUACAAGGAGCGUUAUGGUUGCCAACAGCUGUUGGAGAUGAUGACAAAUGAUGACAUAUCCUCACUUCGAUUUACUGUCACUAACAAAAAGAAGGAUCUUUUCGAGAGCACAUCAGAAUCAAUUGAUGCCAUCCUUUCAAAUACAGAGAAUGCAGAGGCAUUCCUGAAACGCAGGAAAGUUCAACGUGACUUCAUAUUCAGAUACCUGACGGAGGACGAGGGGGUUGUGAUACCCAAAAACAGCAACAAAGACCAGCUAGUGAAUAAGGCCCUUGAGGUCUGGACUAUUGAGAAGGUGCGUCCACAAGUGUAUAAAGAUGUCUCCUUCAGUGCUUUAACAAGAGCAGCAGAUUCUCAGAUAGGAAUGAGGUUUCCAACAGCACAUGUCCCCCCUCAACCUGUCUACUCUAAGCUGCACUACACAUCCCAGAUGUUGGACCUUCAAAGCCGAGCAGCUGAGACCAAUCCAGGACCAGCUGUGACUAUUGUGAGACAAAUUGAGACCAGUUUGAGACCAAUUGGUCUGAGAACAAGUGAGAGUGUCUCUGUUUCCUCUGAGGCGACAUGCAGUGCUGGCUUUGACCACCUGGCCUUGGCCAGACAGUUUUGUCAGUGGUUCUUCCAGCUUCUCAACAGUCUGAACCCCUCCCUGGGUCAGCCUCCUCAGGAGUGGGGACCACAACACUUCUGGGAGGAUGUGAGGCUACGUCUUCUCUCCAGCGCCGGAGAGCAGUAUACAGAAGAGUACGAAGGAGCAGCAAUGACCAGCCUGCGUCUCCUGGCCCUGGCGAGGGACGAAAGGCUACUAUUGAGCCCCAACCUGGAGCCUGGUGGCCUUAAGGCCCUGUCCUCCCCCCACGGCCUGGUGCUGGUGGCUGUGGCAGGGACCAUCCACAGAGACAGAGAAUGUGUUGGCAUUUAUGAGCAGGCGUUUGGCCUGAUACGCUCCCCACUGGACCAGAACAAAUGGAAGAUCAAGUUCAUGGUCUUGAAGGUGAGGGGCCAGGAGGCUCUCAGGGUGGGAGAGAACCUGCUGUCUCCAAUAUUAAAAUGGGAUUCCAACGACCUGCAGCUCCUCUGUAGAUGAUGGGGGACAUGGUGUGAUCGUCAGCAGGGGUCUUCAACCGAGGGUCCGCAGGUCUGGAUCCUAACUAUGGAGACAUUUUAAGUUUAAUUUAGCUUUAUAAAAUGGUACAGUAAAUUAAUUAUCAUGUAAUGCUUCAUAAGUUGCCUACUUCUAGGUUUACUCAUUAUCAGAAAAUUACUAUUUAACUGUUCUCUAGUUUGGUACAUUUUCCCCCCAGCUAAUCAAUCAUGAUACUGUAAUUGACCUCAGUUACCGCUGAUCUAUUUAUUCUAAUUAUUUGUAGCCUUUAUUUAGGAAUGGAGUCAUUGAUACCAUAAUACAUUUUUUCAAGGGAGUCCUGCAUAGAUACACCUUUUACAUGAUAUCUACAAAGUCCAUUGGCUGUGAAAACUAGGCCACCACUCCCUUUUUCAUUUGUGUUCGUUCACCCUCAAUCUCUCUCUGCGUCGCGCUGUCCUCUCUCACUCUGUGUGAGAGUGUAGCCCAUAGGCCUGGCUCUGUGGGGUAGGGUAGAGAAUGCAGCAGUGACUAUGUGAUUUUGGUUGGAAAUGUUACAUGUGGGUUAUUCUUGGCAUUCCCUGCAAAGGAACUGAGCUAGUUAAUAUCUGUCUCUGUAGGUCGGGGCUCUGCGCUUUACUGGGCCAUAGUUGUGUCAGAGGAAACCACCACGGCCAUUGAUCUCUGGCUGUUCAUCUCACAGAAAGAAUAAUAACAAGUCGCGCGCCUCCUGCCUUUAUGGCACUUGGCUUCCCUCCGUUUAAUAAGCGGUUUGGCCCAUGGAAUGGCUCUGACACAGAGCUUAAAAGAUAUCUCUCCAAAACGACACAUAUUUGGUUAGUAAAGACCCUACUUAGUAUUUCCCACCACACUUUAGCUGAGACAGGUAUUAAAGUUAUCUCUACUGCCCAAUAUUCUCAACAUACCAGUAUCAAUUAUUAGUCUUAAAAAAAGUGAUUUGUCUUCAUAUAUUACUUUUAGCCUGUUCUUGAUGGCAUAAAAAAGUGUCCUUUGAUAAAAAUUCCAUAUCUUUUGAAUGAGUUAUCCACAUUGCAAUGUUUUGAAAGGUUUCCCCAUUACCAUACAAACAUGAUGUCAUAAUUUGUGUUGCUAGCAUAAUUCUAGUCAUCAAGUUGCUACGGAAAGUUUCUGCACCCAUUUCUGAUUUUAAAUGAGCUCUUUGUAGUUUUGAAGAUGGCAGGAUUGAAUUACAAGGAGCGUUAUGGUUGCAGACAGCUGUGGGGGAUAAUGACAAUGCAUGACAUAUCCUCACUUUACUGUCACUAACAAAAAUAUGGAUAUUUUUCCAGAGCACAUCAGGCAGGGUCAGUAGUCAAGCUUAGUUUUUUUCUUGGUCAUUAAAGCUGGAAUCCAUUUUUGUAUCCAUUUUUGACGAAUAAAUGAAUUAUAUCCAUUCUUGAAGAAUAUAACGCAGGUAGCCUAGUGGUUAGAGUGUUGGGCCAGUAACCAGAAGGUUGCUGGAUUGAAUCCCCGAGCUGACAAGAUAAGAAUCUGUCCUCCUACCCCUGAGCGAGGCAGUUAACCCACUGUUCCCUAGGCACCGUGGAUAUCUAAUAAUGCAGCCCCCCGCACCUUUCUGAUUCAGAGGGGUUGAGUUAAAUGCAGAAGACACAUUU